GUCCCCGUCCUCGCCUCCUCAACACAACCCAAGCUCCCUCUCCUCCUUCUCUUCCCUCCAAUCUUCCAUCCUCGAAGAAGAGAGUAGUUCCUACAGCUCGAGGCUUCGAUCGGAUCAUCGGCUCGGUGUUCAGCUUCCAGCAGCAGCAGCAAAGACAGUCAGACAGAGAGAUGACGAAGCAGAGCGUGGUGGUGCCGGAGCUGGCCCUGGCGAUGCCGCCCAACUCGGCGGCGCUGUACCCGUACCCGCCGCCGCGGGCCAUGCCGGGGGUGGCCGUGCGCAAGAAGUACCUGCAGGCGCAGAUGGAGCUCGGCUCCGGCCUCAUCAACGGCUGGGUCGAGUCCAUGCGCGCCUCCUCGCCCACCCACGCCAAGGCCGCCGCCGCGCUCGCCGCCGUCGACGACGAUCACACCGCCUGGAUGGUGAAGCACCCGUCGGCGCUCAGCAAGUUCGACCAGAUCGUGGCCGCGUCCAAGGGCAAGCGCAUCGUCAUGUUCCUUGACUACGACGGCACGCUGUCCCCCAUCGUUGACGACCCCGACGCCGCCUUCAUGAGCGACACGAUGCGGCUGGCGGUGCGGAGCGUCGCCAGGCAGUUCCCGACGGCGAUCGUCAGCGGGCGGUGCCGCGACAAGGUGUUCGAUUUCGUGAAGCUGGCGGAGCUCUACUACGCCGGCAGCCAUGGCAUGGACAUCAAGGGGCCCGCUAAAGCCUCCCGGCACACCAAGGCUAAGGCCAAAGGAGUUCUCUUUCAGCCGGCGAGCGAGUUCCUGCCCAUGAUAGAACAGGUGCACGAAUCUCUGAUGGAAAAGACCAAGUGCAUAGCUGGAUCCAAGGUGGAGAACAACAAGUUCUGCGUGUCUGUCCACUUCAGAUGCGUAGACGAAAAGGACUGGAGCCCGUUGGCGGACAUCGUGAAGGCGGUGCUCAAGGACUACCCCAAACUGAAGCUCACACAAGGAAGGAAGGUGCUCGAGAUCCGGCCCACAAUCAAGUGGGACAAGGGCAAGGCUCUGGAGUUCCUCUUGGAGUCGCUGGGGUUCGCCGACUGCAGCAACGUGCUGCCGGUGUACAUCGGCGACGACCGCACGGACGAGGACGCCUUCAAGGUGCUGCGCAAGCGAGGCCAGGGCAUCGGCAUCCUCGUGUCCAAGCACGCCAAGGACACCAACGCCUCCUACUCGCUGCAGGAGCCCGCCGAGGUGAUGGAGUUCCUGCUGCGGCUCGUCGAGUGGGAUCGCCUCUCCAAGUCUCGCCCCAGGUGGUGAUGGACGGAUGGAUCCAUGGACAACGAAGACGACGACUCAUUAACCGAUCGAGUUAAUUAAUUACUCCCCGGCGACCAACUAGGAGGAGAUUAUCGAGUGUUGAUUAGCAGUAUAGAUGCAUAACUACUAUGGGUGAUUAACUAGAGGGAGCGUAUCAUCUCUAUUACUUAGCUCCUGUCCUGUCCUGUCCUGUGCUGUCCUUGUAUCUUGCUGUGCGCUGUCAAUGUGCACGCGUGCGUAUCUGCGCGCCUCCCUUCUUUUUCUGGGAGGUGCCUUGCGGGUGGUUGCUAGCGAUCUGGCGGCGCAGGAAGAUGUAAUUAUGGCUUCCCAAGUUCUGGUUAUGUCUGUACAAGGGUAUGUUAUAUAUGAUGAAAUGAAGAGCAAGGGAAGAGCAGAAUUGCCCUCUUUUUCUUCA